UGGUCACCAAGGACAGUCCCGGUGUGGUUACCUGCUUGGAUGAGGCUCGACAUGGAUUUGAGAGUGGCGACUUUGUCUCCUUUUCAGAAGUACAAGGCAUGAUUGAACUCAAUGAAAGUCAGCCUAUGGAGAUCAAAGUCCUGGGUCCUUACACCUUUAGCAUCUGUGACACUUCCAACCUCUCUGACUAUAUCCGUGGAGGCGUCGUCAGUCAGGUCAAAGUACCCAAGAAGAUCAGCUUUAAAUCCUUGCUGGCCUCACUGGCAGAGCCCAACUUUGUGAUGACAGACUUCUCCAAGUAUUCCCGCCCUGCCCAGCUGCACAUUGGUUUCCAGGCCCUGCACUAUUUCUGUGCUCAGCAUGGCAGGCCCCCUCGGCCUCACAAUGAGGAAGAUGCAAUGGAGCUGGUGACCUUAGCACAGGUUGUGAGUGCUCGAUCCCUGCCAACAGUACAGCAGGAAAGCCUGGAUAAAAACCUCAUCUGGAAGUUGGCAUAUGUGGCGGCUGGGGAUCUGGCACCUGUAAACGCCUUCAUUGGGGGCCUGGCUGCCCAGGAGGUCUUGAAGGCUUGCUCUGCGAAGUUUAUGCCCAUCAUGCAGUGGCUGUACUUUGAUGCCCUGGAGUGUCUCCCUGAGGACAAAGAAGCCCUCACAGAGGAAAAGUGCCUCCCGCGCCAGAACCGUUAUGAUGGGCAGGUAGCUGUAUUUGGCUCAGACCUGCAAGAGAAGUUGGGCAAGCAGAAGUACUUCCUGGUGGGUGCAGGCGCCAUUGGUUGUGAGCUGCUCAAGAACUUUGCCAUGAUUGGGCUGGGCUGUGGGGAGGGCGGAAAAAUUGUCAUCACUGACAUGGACACCAUUGAGAAGUCAAAUCUGAACCGACAGUUUUUGUUCCGUCCCUGGGAUGUCACGAAGUUAAAGUCUGACACGGCUUCUGCAGCUGUGCGCCAGAUGAAUCUGCACAUCCAGGUGACAAGCCACCAGAAUCUUGUGGGCCCUGACACAGAACGCAUCUAUGAUGACGAUUUCUUCCAAAACCUGGAUGGUGUGGCAAAUGCCCUGGACAAUGUGGAUGCCCGCAUGUAUGUGGAUCGCCGCUGUGUGUACUACCGGAAGCCGCUGCUGGAAUCAGGCACACUGGGUACCAAGGGCAACGUGCAGGUGGUGAUCCCCUUCCUGACAGAGUCCUACAGCUCCAGCCAGGACCCACCUGAGAAGUCCAUCCCCAUCUGCACGCUGAAGAACUUCCCCAACGCCAUAGAGCACACCCUGCAGUGGGCUCGGGAUGAGUUUGAGGGCCUCUUCAAGCAGCAGGCAGAAAAUGUCAACCAGUACCUCACAGACCCCAAGUUUGUGGAGAGGACCCUGCGGCUGGCAGGCACCCAACCUCUGGAGGUGCUGGAGGCUGUGCAGCGUAGCCUGGUACUGCAGCGGCCACAGACCUGGGCUGACUGUGUGACCUGGGCCUGCCACCACUGGCACACCCAGUACUCCAACAACAUCCGGCAGCUGCUGCACAACUUCCCUCCUGACCAGUUUACAAGCUCUGGAGCUCCAUUCUGGUCUGGGCCCAAACGCUGUCCACACCCGCUCACCUUUGAUGUCAGCAACCCCCUGCAUCUGGACUACGUGAUGGCUGCCGCCAACCUGUUUGCGCAGACCUAUGGGCUGAUGGGCUCGCAGGACCGAGCUGCCGUGGUUACACUCCUACGGUCUGUGCAGGUCCCUGAAUUCACUCCCAAGUCUGGUGUGAAGAUCCAUGUCUCUGAUCAAGAGCUGCAGAGUGCUAAUGCUUCUGUUGAUGACAGCCGUCUGGAGGAGCUCAAGGCCACGUUGCCCAGUCCAGAAAAGCUCCCUGGGUUCAAGAUGUACCCCAUCGACUUUGAGAAGGAUGAUGACAGCAACUUCCACAUGGAUUUCAUUGUAGCAGCAUCCAACCUCCGGGCAGAGAACUAUGACAUUCCCCCUGCAGACCGGCACAAGAGUAAGCUGAUUCCAGGGAAAAUCAUCCCAGCCAUUGCCACAACUACAGCAGCCGUAGUCGGCCUUGUGUGUCUGGAGCUAUACAAGGUGGUACGGGGUAACCAACAGCUUGACUCCUACAAGAAUGGUUUUCUUAACUUGGCCCUACCCUUCUUUGGUUUCUCCGAGCCUCUUGCUGCACCCUGUCACCAGUACUAUAACCAAGAGUGGACAUUGUGGGAUCGCUUUGAGGUACAGGGACUGCAGCCUAACGGUGAGGAGAUGACCCUCAAACAGUUCCUUGACUACUUUAAGACAGAGCAUAAACUGGAGAUCACCAUGCUGUCCCAGGGUGUGUCCAUGCUCUACUCCUUCUUCAUGCCAGCCGCCAAGCUGAAGGAAUGGUUGGAUCAGCCGAUGACAGAGAUCGUAAGCCGUGUGUCGAAGCGAAAGCUGGGCCGCCACGUGCAAGCACUGGUGCUUGAGCUGUGCUGCAAUGAUGAGAGCGGCGAGGAUGUUGAGGUUCCCUAUGUACGAUACAUCAUCCGCUGACCCCCAUCCACUCCUGUAGACUGGCCCUAGCCCCCACCCCCUCUGGACCCUUCUAGCCCAGGGCUCCCAUUUGGCCUCCAGCAGUGGCCCAGCUAGUCAAGCCUGGUGUUUCUUCCUCAUCCUCCUACCUGAACCCCUCUUGCUACUGCAGCCUCCUUUAGAAACCAAAACCUAAUAAAGAGUUAUAAACUCAGAAAAAAAAAAAA